GAGACCUUGUAAAUUGCCGCGCAACCAAUCUACGGAACUUAGGACAAGCGACCCCAGAUAUACUACAGUUCGGCCUAUUGGCACCUCGGCCACACCACUGAAGUAUUGCGCCCCUCAUCUAUUCUGCGUCCAUUCCCUUGGUUAUAGCGAACACGUUCAUGUAUCUUAGCCUCGAAGCGAACCCACCCGGCCGCUAACGCCAUGGCUCAAGACGACAAGUCCUGGCUGAAUUCCGGCCGCACCUCUCGUAACGCUCUUCACGAUGCCACUUCAUCAUCUCGCUGGCGGCGCAACCGUUCUAGCGCCAACCUGCUUGACCAAGUAGUCGCAUCGGCACCAAGUAUGGCUCCCUCGAACUCACCAUCGACUAAACCUGCACCCAAACUUGAGCGCACUCCAUCCAAGAUGUCUUUGUUUAAUCUCUUCAGCCGGCCGAAGGUGGAGAAGGCCAGAGGGCAUUCAGAAAUCGGCCUUGCAGUACCGAUGGAGCCACAAAAACCACCAAAACCUACCCCUACUUCACCUCCAAAGUCGUCGUUGCGAGUAAACCCCCCUCCGUCUGUCCAGCAAGCGCAUCGGUCGCGAUCAAGCUCCAUGAUAAGGCCAAUGUCUCUAAAACCCCCGAGCGUGAGGAGACAACCUUUAAACUGGGAUCCUCCACCUCUAUUUCAAGCCUAUCCGCAGUCGAUAAAAUAUGCUACAGUGCAGUCCUGUGUGUUUUCGCCCGAUGUUCUGUUGAGAACCCAAAGCCAAAGGAAACAACACAACCUACUUCGGGAGAGGAUGGACAGCCAUCGUGAUCUUUCGGCAACGCUGGAACAAAUCCCAGAGACGAAGAAGCUUGAAAAACAACAUCGACGCCUCAUCUCUAAUUCCGUUGUGAAUCCGCCGGUACCGGAAUUAACAAAUAAGGUAUACGUCUUAGUCACGUCGGGAUUUAUGUUGCAGUACUCGGGAGAAGGACCCUUUGACAGACUGCCCGAGAAGGUACUUCAACUCGGGAAAGAAUCGGCAGCAUUUGCGUGCGACUUAAUCCCUGGAAAACACUGGGUUUUGCAGAUAUCUCAAAGCGCGAAUGAGGAUGGAACUGUAUCUAUGGCCCCGAAGACCUCGCUUUUGUCCCGGUUGCGUCUACAGAACGCUAGUGCUAGGAGAACUGCGACAAGUUUUUUAUUAGUGCUAGAAAGUGCAGAAGAGAUGGAUUCGUGGAUGACGACUGUCCGGAAAGAGAUUGACGCUCUUGGUGGGAUGAAGGCAAGAGAAGAGCCCCUGGCAGAGUCUAUGGAAGAAACACCCGAGAAAAGAUUAAGAGAGAGUCCAAGUCACCGAUACCUCGUUCAGCGUGAUCCGAGCCGGAUCAGCAAACUUGCGCCAGUUGAUUCCCCACUCCAGUCACAAUAUGAGUCGCCAAAGAUUGUCGCAUCUGAUUGGGAAGGAGACCGCAGCGAAAAGUCAGUGAGCGUGUCUGACUCCUCCAGCCUACAUUCCUCGAGGCAUGGCGCAAAGCGGAAAUCCAUCGAAGCACCCUCCAUUGCAACAGCAGUCUCUCACGAACAGCUCCAGCUAGAUCAGCUUCGAGAACGAUCGCGAUAUUCGUACAUGUCAAAUGCAACAUCUGUAUCAGGUACUGCUACAAGGAACACGUCUCGAAAUUCGUCGCCGGCUCCAAAUUCUCCGCACAAAGAAGGAUUCGUCGCCGCUGAUACCGAGCCCCUCCGAAGCGCAACGUCCCUCAGAUCGUUUCACAUGAACCCCAACAACUCCACCACGAAUCGUCGGCGAUCCAUGCAACCUCUUCCCAUCACCAAUGAAGACAACUCUCUAUCCGCUGGCUCACGGUGGCCAACCCCACAGCGGCAUUCCAUUUACGGCCCCACCUCACCGACGAUUAACAAGCCGGAGCAGGAACUCAAUGUCCCGACGUCAACAAUUCUCAACCGCCCCACGAAUGCACGUUUCAGUCACGCACCCAUACGAUCGAGUGCAAGGAGCUCGAGUGCCCCUCCUGCGAGGAAUGGCACUAUCUCACCGCCUCCGCGAGAUCCUGCACCUGAUCCCGCGCCAGUGGCAGGACGCCCUCAAUCCACAAUUGGAAGUCUGCCAACGGCUGCCGCAGCUUCUGCUCGUUUAAACCGGCUAUCGCAGAACCCUAAACCUUUCCUUAGACCAUUCCCAGUGCGACCUCAGAACACGGAUGGUUCAGUCGUUGUACCCCGCCGCUACUCUUCCCUUGGCCCCGCGCCCAUUCCUCUUGGUAUCAUAGUCAAUCGCUCCGUAACCGCUUCCGCAAAACCUGCAGUGGCACCAACAUCUGCGCCGCAAACCGAAGUGAAGGCCACGCCACCGGCACCAUCCUUACGCCGUCCUACCAGUGUUCAAAUCAGGUCGGAUCCUGCUCCUUUCUUAUCUUCGUCUCGGCCCGUAGCCGCUCCACGAGCCAUUGCAAGUACACCAUCUUUUGUCCCUGGCAAACGAGCGUCUACAACACCUAAUAUUUACCAAAGCCCUUCGAUUCCUGCGCUAAGGCAACAAGUAUAUGCGCAGACACAACGUGGCGUUACUCCCAGACGGUCAAUGCCAGUGAUGGGUCUACCCCCGCCUGUGCCUCCACCUAAUAUGCCUCUACCGCCACCGCCUCCCGAUUUCGCACGAGCGGUCGUGGUAUGAGAUUUAUGCACUCUUUAUUCCUCUCCUCAAAAGUCGGCUUCUGGCGUUUUUAACUCGGCGUUUUUAUGGUCUAGGGUUGAAGACAAUUGUAUGGCGAACCACUACAGGGAAGGUAUCACGUCUUAACGUCAUGGCUCUACUUUUCUCAUUCGCUUCCAUUGUGUACUGCUAUGAUACCUGUCUAUUUCCUUGAUUCCCCAUGUUCUAUUCUUACGCUCU